AUGGUCGGCCUUCAGAGAGGUUUCCUUCGGCUUUGCUCUCUUCAAGAUCGAUGGCAGUGCGGCAGGGAAGGCGGACUGGGAGUAACAUCACAUUCAAACUCCUCCCUUCCUCCAUUUCCCCCCUCUUCCCUCCCCCUCACUCCCCCUCUCAGCUUCGUCUCCCCCAAGCCUGGAUGGUCGGCCUUCAGAGAGGUUUCCUUCGGCUUUGCACUCUUCAAGAUUGAUCGCAGUGCUGCAGGGGAGGAGGACUGGCGACCUGCAUGGUCGGCCUUCCGUGAAGCUUCCUUCGGCUUUGCUCGCUUCAAGAUCGAUGGCAGUGCAGCAGGGGAGGCGGACUGGGACUUUGUCCCCCCCAAGCCUGCAUGGUCGGCCUUCAGAGAAGCCGCCAUUGGCUUUGCUCUCUUCAAGAUCGAUGGCAGUGCAGCAGGGGAGGCGGACUGGGAGUAA